CGUAGCGAAGGAGGGCGAGCGCUGCUGAUCGACGAUACACAGACACACACACAMUGGUAAUCGUGUGAUCAGUCGGUGGAACGCCGACGAAGCAGCGUCGGAGAGGGGGGCCGAAGGAUAGUGUAAGCAAUGUACGGAGGGGGGCCGGCAGGGUCGGAGAGGACGAAGAGGCCAGGGUCAUGGAAGGAAGUUUGCGGUAUGCUGCGCAUCAUGCUGGUGGUAGUCGCUGGAUYGGCUGGGGUUCAUCUUCUCUGCUUCCACGUUCUUUCUGGUGACGACGCMUYCUCCGUCGUCACUCCCUCUCGAUGGUCGGAGCAAAGCCUUUCGUCGGUCUCCCCAAGUUGGCGACGCAACCUUGCUCGUUCGAAGACUCCCAAGGUUCUGAUGGUCUCCGCAAGCCAGGCGUUGUGUGGAACGCGUCUUGGUGAUAACGACAUCAUGAAGUCGUUGAAGAACAAGGCUGAUUACGCUCGGCGCGCAGGGAUGGACACAUGGUUCUCUCUGGAGUUGCUUGUCGAGGGAGGCGACCAUCGAUUCCGCAACAAGAUCCUUCUUCUCCGUCACCUGAUGCGCUCUCAGCCUAGCUACGAUUGGUUCAUCUGGAUCGAUUCCGACACUAUGAUUCUCGACAUGGACUUUCGAAUUCCGUGGCAGCAGUACAAUGACUACAGCCUGGUUAUGUGGGGCGACGGACCGAGCCUCGAUUUCGACCCACAUUAUACCAGAUCGCUUAACACAGGGGUCAUGUUCGUGCGGAACGACGACAUCUCUCGGGAGUUUUUCGACACCAUGGUUGACCUAUGGGAUAGCCAUCCUAAUCAGACGGAGGUCUAUUUGAAGGUGAAGAAGGUUCUGCCGGGGAUUCCAGGUUAUCUCUGCGAUCAAGGGAGCGCCAUCUACAUGCUCAUGACACAGAAAGAUCGAUGGCUGCCGCGUGUCUAUCUCGAAGAGAGGUACCACAUCAACCGGUACUGGAAGGACGAGGCGGAUAAUCUGGACAAGUACAUGGCGGAGCGUGAAACGUGGCGGAACGAUGGAAACCACCCACCUUUCAUCAUGCACUUCUGCGGAUGCGCGCUUUGCUACAUGAAGUACUCUGUGGAUUUUGACGAGUGCCAGCGUCAGCACGACCGAGCGUUCAACUUCGCCAACAACCAGAUCAUCAGAGAUUUCGGAUUCAUGCAUCGGAACCUGUCGUCAUCGGAGGUGGUCCCCAUCAUCAGAUGACGAACACCAUCAACUAGACAACAGGAAGUUUGUUCGGAUAUGCUUUGUUUGUUCGUUUAGCACAUUUGUUAG